AUCACACAUCAAAAGAGCUUUUAUGUUGUUUUAAUCUGUCUCUACCUCAAUUUUUAGGACUCAAAAAGCCUUUGGUAAUAGAUAUUGAAUUUUCAUAAGGUAUACAAGUUCCAAAAAUGUUGAUAAAAUACAUAAAAGUAAAGCAAACGACCGAGAAUAUGUUCGUGACAGAUUUUUAUUUUAUCUUUUUAAUAGUGUUUUGCAAUUUUUUCAUUGCAAUUUAAAAAUAACUGGCCAUCACUAAUUACAGGAUUAAAUUAGCUGAACGGACUUUGACAAAACAACAUUGUAACAAAAAAAAAAACUUCCGCAUAAUUUCAUACAUCAUUAAAAACUAUGACCUUCCACAUAAUGCUAUGACAUGACAGAGCCGUAGAAAUGAAGAUCUAAUAGUAUAAUAGCACCUCCGUUUGAAACCUACUGUGUUAAAGAAACUACCAUUUAUAUCAGCUAUCGGAAAAAACACAAGGAAAAACUGCAAACACAAGACAUAAUCAUUCUUACGUCUUCUUAUGAGACGCGCGUUCUGUGCGAACAUGGCCAUAAAUUCAUAAAAAAAAAAAUUAAAAAAUAUAUAUGAACACGAAAAAUCUAUAAUUUAGAAUAAUUUUUUUUUUAAAGAAUGUGCCGUGCUUGAAAUUUUUAUUUAAGGCCAGUUAUAUUUGUCUUUUUCAUUCCAUAAUAAAAAAUUACAGUGAAAAAAACAUUCAAUGUGUAUUUAUUCAAUUUGACUUAAUUUAUUAGUGAAAUAUUUGUAGUGAACUUUAAUUUUAUUUAAUUAGUGAGUUUGAGAGCGGGUCGUGGUAGUAAUAAAUUGUCAUGCUGGGAAAGCAUUCUAAGCUAUGUUUUGGUGUGUCACUCGCCGCAUUGAUUAUAUCUGUGGUUCUGGCAGCAUGGGGCUUCCCGAAGAUAGUUAGCAAGCAAAUCCAGAAGAGUGUACAAAUAGAGAACUCGUCGUUGAUGUUCGACAAGUGGCGAGUGCUGCCGAUGCCGCUGCAGUUCAAGAUACACUUGUUUAACGUGACCAACGUCGAGGAGAUCAACCAGGGGCGCCGGCCCAGACUCGUGGAAGUGGGCCCUUAUGUCUACAAGGAAUAUCGAGAGAAGAUAAUUUUGGGCUACGGGGAGAAUGACACAAUCAAGUACAUGUUAAAGAAGACCUUCUACUUCGACCCUGAAGCUUCAGGGUCUCUGAGAGAGGACGACGAGUUGACUGUCAUCAACUUCUCUUACAUGGCUGCCAUGCUGACGGUGAACGAUAUGAUGCCCUCCCUGAUCCCGACCCUGAAUAAAGGCUUCGAGGAGCUGUUCUCCGGUCUGACCGACGCCUUCAUGACGGUGAAGGUCCGCGACCUCCUGUUCGACGGUAUCUUCCUCAAUUGCGUCGGAAACCAGACCGCACUGGGUUUAAUUUGUGCUCAAAUCAAGUCCGACCUGCCUCCCACCAUGAGAGUGGCUGAAGAGGAACAUGGUAUCUACUUCUCUAUGUUUUCUCAUCUAAACCGCACAGCAUCAGGUCCCUACGACAUGGUCCGAGGGACGGAAGACAUCAAGGAGUUAGGUCACAUAGUGGCGUUCAAGGACAAGACCAGGAUGAGCGCGUGGGGCAACGACCCCUACUGCGGACGGCUGAACGGCUCUGACGGGUCCAUCUUCCCCCCGAUUGAUGAGAAAAAUGUACCCCAAAGGCUUUACACCUUCCAACCUGAUAUUUGCAGAUCAAUCUACAUAAGCCUGGUGGAGAAGACCAGCAUCUUCAACAUGCCCGCCUACUACUAUGAGUUCUCCGAGUCCACUCUUGCUGCGAAGAGUGCCAACCCUAAUAACAGAUGCUUUUGCAAGAAGAACUGGAGCGCCAACCACGACGGCUGCCUGAUCAUGGGCCUGCUGAACCUGAUGCCGUGUCAGAAGGCACCAGCCAUCAUCUCACUGCCCCACUUCUACCUGGCCUCGGAAGAACUGCUCGAGUACUUCGGCUCUGGCAUCAACCCGGACAAAGAGAAACAUAAUACGUUCAUUUAUCUUGAACCCGUUACAGGCGUAGUUUUGAAAGGUGUACAAAGGUUGCAAUUCAACGUGGAACUUCGACAGAUGAAUGUCCCACAGCUGGAGAAAGUGCGCACUGGCUUGUUCCCGCUAUUGUGGAUUGAAGAGAGUGCAGAAAUCCCAGAGAAUAUCCAGUCGGAACUGAGGCAGUCGCACAAGCUGCUGGGCAGUGUGGAGGUCGCGCGCUGGGCGCUCGUUGCGCUCGCGCUCGCCGCGCUGGCCUUCAGCGCCGUCCUCGUGGCCAGGACAGGAGCCCUUCCAAUCUGCCCGCGCAACAACAAUGCAGUCAGCUUCGUGCUGCGACCGGCUCCAGGCAUCGACGCUAAUAAAGGGUGAUGGAUAUAUUUA